UCAGAUGUACCGCAGCAGCGUGCCCUGACUUCCCCCGACGACUACUCGCCGCAGCGUUUCAUCCUCCAGUGUGACUCGGACCUGUAUGGCCCCAACCGUCGCCAUGUCAGCUUUAACCGCAGGUCUGAAAACUGAAGACGUUCCGUCGCGCUCGGUUCUGGUCAGCAGAGGCGAGAUGCAGACCAACUUAACUGCGCCAGAGGAGACGGAGAAACCCAAAGUUGCUAUUCUGCCCUUCAGCGUCGAGGCGCUGAUGGCAGACAGGAAGCCGAGCAGAGAGUCGUCCUCCCCGGACACCUCGUCUGUCGCCGGGACAUCCCAGGCGCUGGGCGCAAGGAUGGGCUCCCUCUCCAGCCUGGAUACUUCGCUAUCUCCUAUGGCCAUGGGAUCUUCCUUCUCAGUGGGCGACAUAAUGAGCAUGCAAGAGGACGUUUUGAUCAAGCCAGAAAGCCCAGAUAACAAAGACAGGAAUUCUUGGAUACAGAAUCCUCGCUAUUCUCCCACGCCUCCACGACGGUUGAGCCCUCCCGCGUGUCCGCUGAGAAAACACAAGACCAACCGAAAGCCCCGGACGCCCUUCACCACGUCGCAGCUGCUCGCGCUGGAGAGGAAGUUCCGGCAGAAGCAGUACCUCUCGAUCGCCGAGCGCGCCGAGUUCUCCAGCUCGCUCAACCUGACGGAGACGCAGGUCAAAAUCUGGUUCCAGAACAGGAGAGCGAAGGCCAAGAGGCUGCAAGAGGCCGAACUGGAAAAACUGAAAAUGGCAGCCAAGCCCAUGCUGCCUCCCGCGUUCGGGAUUUCUUUUCCUCUGGGCGCGCACGUCCCCGCGUCCUACGGCGGCUCACACCCGUUUCAGAGGCACUCCCUGCCGGUUUCCCCUGUGGGACUGUACGCUGCCCACGUCGGAUACAGCAUGUACCAUCUGGCCUGACAAGGGGAGAGGGACCCGGUGCCGAUGCCAAGAGGAGUGAAGCUCGUCCAACCUCUCAUGACUAUACGAAAGUAAGUUCACAGCAUUGGCAGACAAGACAAAAAGACCACAUUCCUGUAAGGCCUCUGACAUAUCAUGACGGACAGUCAAGUAUAUGGACAAUAGGCCGUAGUGUCGCACAGUGUGUCAUAACAUGGCCGUCGAGUUGGAAGCCACUCGCGCGUGUGGUUUCGACUUGAGGACAGGGGGAAAGGGCUUUACGUAAAUGACGUUUUCCACCAGCGAGCGCAAGACCCCAGGUAUGUUGGGCCCUUGCCACUUUGUUGGGCUGUUGUCACACUGCAAACACACACCAUACUUUUUUUUGUUUUUGUCAAUUUGCAUUCAUACAAAUGCGUAACGUAGUGGGUUAUAGUGAAUCCAGUGUAAAUGAAUGCUCUUUGUUGAUUUAGAGAACCACAGCAUUUUUUUUAUAACAGCACUGACUGUUGUUGGAAUGAUUCCCUUUGGAAGGGAUUUGUGUACUAUAAAAUAAUGUAUAUUUGAAAAAAAAAUAUCCUCAUUUAUAUUAUGAAUAUAUUUGUGACAUAAAUUAACAAUAAAUUGUUUAUUCUUUUUCAUUAAGCAGUUGUUCGUUUUGACUGACAUUUCAACAGUUUGCUAGUUUUACAAUAAAAUCGU